AUGGUGGGGUUCCGGUUGUCAGCUUAUUUGACGCGUUUCCAAACAUGUGACAAACGAUCGUUUCCACCAGUUGAUAAUGCCAAUAGGGAAAUAAAUUUGAUAACAGAUAGGCUAGCCAUUUCACCAGAGGAUAUAUAUUCCGAUGAAGAGCUUCUGGACACGCUUAUUGAUUUGGCACAUGGGUUUUCUCACUUACUCCCUAAAUUACAACAGCAGUUAAGUUAUCUGGUGAGUUCGUGUUUGAAAAACUUGGCUCAAACUAUCAAUGUGAAUUUGUCUUCGAAUGCCAGUAACGAUGAAAUAAUAGGGAUGCUACCAUUGUGGAAGUCUUAUUUGGAGCGUUAUGGAUACUUAUUACAUGUUAUGUUGAUAUUUUUGCAGGAAGAUGUUGCUGCUGCGUCGAUAGCCAGCACUGGGAAGUCUAGCAGCAAGCGGCAAAUAAGUAGUUCUACUAUUGAUUUGUUCAAGAGGAGUUGCGAUCAAAUAGAAGGAUUUUUAGAAGCUGUUGUUAAGGUUUUGGAUUUGAACUUAUCCAAGAUGUUUCAAACCACGGCAGAGAGAGAUUUAUUCAUUGGAUUAUAUACGAAGCCUUUGUUUGUGUUGAUCGAAACCGAACAGGUAGUCAAAGUGCAUUCGUUGAAGAUGUUUACAAUUCGGAUCAUUGCGACUUCGGUGAAACACCAUGGACAGUUGUCGAGUGUGCAAAACGCAAUAUUGUCUACUUUGACAUAUUUCCCUCAUCUCACCAACUUUAAUGCAGAAGUGUUAAAGGUGGUUAACGAUGAUUUUGACUACCCUCAGUUAACCGAGGAAGUUCUGCGAGAUAUAAGCAAUAAAGAAUUUAGCGCUAAGGAUAAUACGGGCCCCAAGGCCAUUUCAAGUUUUUUGGUCAGGUUAUCCGAAUUGAUUCCCAAAAUUGUUCUGCGGCAGAUGACUCUUAUUGUGAAAUUGUUGAACAACAGUUCAUUUACACUUCGUUGCGCCAUUGUCGAAACUUGUGGCAAUAUUGUAAUAGAUAUUUGCAAAAACAAACAGGAAUUGGAACGCUACAAAAAUCAAGUGGAAGUUCUUUUGGAAUUAUUAGAAGAAAGAUUUCUUGAUUCUAACCCUUACGUGAGGAGUAAAGCCAUUCAAGGAUGCCUGAAGGUGUGUGAUUUAGAUGCUAAGUUUAAUAAAAACAGAUUGAACUUAACAAGACUAGCAGUAAGAUCUUUACAGGAUCGGUCAUCUUUGGUUCGCAGAAAUUCAGUGAAACUGCUCUCCAAAUUAAUUCUAACUCAUCCUUUCACACAAAUGCAUGGUACUCAAUUACGGCUAAGCCAGUGGGAGCAGAGGCACAAGAAUGCGUUACAUCAGUUAGACACUCUUCUAAAGGAUAGCAAUGAAGAUCCAGAAGAAGACAGUUUAGAGCAUACUCCAGAACAUGGUGUAGCACUACAGAACAGCCAUGAAAAGGGCCAUGAGCAUUCUGAAAACACAUUAGAGAAUGAAACUGAGAAUAAAAAUUUAAUGGAAAAUACACAAGCAAUUUUCAAGAUACGGCUAACAAUACAAUAUUAUAAAGACGCUGUGGAUUUUAUAACAAUUAUCCAUGAAGGUAUAUAUCUGGCAUGUGGUUUGCUAUUUUCCAGGAACAGAAAUGAGGUUCUAGAAACCAUGGACUUCUUUGCACUGGCUGAUGCGUAUGAUAUUGAAUUGAGUCAUCUUGGCAUUAAACGAAUGCUGAACCUGGUGUGGAUGAAAGGUGCUAAUGAUGAAGGUACCAGCAUUGCUUCGCAUCUGGUAGAUUGUUAUAAGGACUUAUUUUUCACUGCUCCUGAAUCUUCCAACUGUAAGGAAAAGGCUGCAUAUAUUGCCAAGAAUCUGGUGCAGUUAACGAAAGACACAUCCUUUGCUGAUUUAGCUUCCUUAGAGAAGUUAUUAGGGUUGAUGUAUCUUGAAAAAUUAAUUGACCAAAACGUAGUGAACGUGUUGUGGGGUAUUUAUAAUAGUGCUGCAAAUAAGGAUCAAGGUACCUUUACAAAUGAUCAAAUCCACGGAUCAAUCAUCGUUCUAGGGAUGCUGUCUUUAGUCGAUAAUGAAGUUGCUCUGAAGGGCUUAGAUGCUUUGUUAAAUUCUGGACUUGGUGAACCAGGCCGUAAAGAUUUGAUUUUAUCAAAAUUCUCUUGUAUUGCACUGCAAAGAAUGAUGCCCGGUGGGAGCGAACAGUCAUCCACAUUUCAAGUACCUAGAGAAGAGGAUGCUGUAAGAAAGUUGCAUGAUAAGAUAAUCGAAUACACAGAAGAUCAAAAUUUUUAUCCUGUUUGCGAACAUGCAAUUAAUGCACUAUUCGCAAUAUCUCGUCAACCCGAUGUGGUUUGCAGUGAAUUAAUAAAGGAAAAAACAAUGAUGACAUUUGGUGAGCUGGAAAACUCUUCAGCUCAAAAUACAACCUAUAGGAUUGUCUCUCUAACGCAAUUACUAUUCAUCGUUGGUCAGGUUGCUAUUAAAACCAUUGUAUAUUUAGAAAAAUGCGAGGCUGAGUUUAAAAAGAGAAAGAUUGAAACUGAAAUAGCCAAAAAUAAUAGGAAAUCAGCAACUACUAAAAAAGACGAUGUAGAUGUAUCAGUGCAACAUGAGGAAGAAACCCAGAAGGAAUUGGAAAUGAUUGGAGGUACAAACGAAGAUGAUUUUGCCGAUGCGGUUCAUUUUAUUAAGGAGAAUAAAUUGCUAUUUGGGGAAAAUUCGCUGCUUGCCAAAUUCGGGUCGUUGGUAGAGGAAAUAGUAUCUAAUACCGCAAAGUUCAGCGAUCCAAUGUUACAGAGGGCUGCAGUCCUCUGUUUAGAAAAGUUCAUGUGCGUAUCCUCCAAGUUUUGUGAGAGAAACUUGCCACUUUUAAUUACAGUGAUGGAGAAGUCUAAGGAUCCAAUCAUCCGUUCGAAUGCUGUAUUAGGAUUGGGUGAUAUGGCAGUCUGUUUCAAUAACUUGGUUGAUGAGAAUACAGAUUACUUAUAUCAUCGUCUCCACGACGAGAAUAUUAUGGUCCAGAGAACUUGCUUAAUGACCGUUACAUUCUUAAUCUUGGCAGGUCAAGUCAAGGUGAAGGGACAAUUAGGCCAGAUGGCAAAAUGUCUGGAAUAUCCAGAUCAAGGAAUGAGUGAUAUGUGUAAGUUGUUUUUCACUGAACUCGCAGCAAAGGAUAAUGCAAUCUACAAUGGAUUUAUUGAUAUCUUUAGUAGCUUAUCCAACGAUGAGGAAUUAAAGAAGGAUUCCUUCAAGCGUAUUAUGAAGUUUUUGUUAUCAUUCAUUGAAAAAGAACGUCAUCAAAGGCAACUAUGUGAGAAACUAUUGAAUAAGUUAUCCAAAGUGGAUACCCAAAAGCAGUGGGAUGACAUUGCCUUCAUUUUGAAUACCAUACCAUACAAAAAUGAGAAGAUUACCACUGAACUGGAAAAGGGUUUUAAAUUGGUGAAUGCCAGAGAAUGA